AGAGUUAUGAACUGUCUUGAUCUCAAACACCGUUAUCACGUCUGCUCAACCGUCUGAAACUUCACCCUUCAUUCGUCCCUUCUUCCAAUACCACAUAGUUCGGUUUCUUUGUCGGAGUUGUCAACCAUGGACAACUCAAGGCCUUCAUCUCCUGAAGCUCCACCACAGGACCUAUGGUCCUCGAUCUUGGACUCAGUCUCUACUUCUAGGUCAAUCCCUGCAAAACAGAUAGUAAUACUAGGACAACCUUCGACGGGAAAGUCCACACUUGCAGCUGCAUUGCUUCAGAAGGCUGCUGCAGACGAAGUCAAAGAAGACCAGCGGUCCGACUUUGCUUUGGGUUACGAUUGGGCGGACGUACGAGACGAAGUCGACGAAGCUCAGAUACCCUCGCAAGACUGUCGGUAUACACAGUACCGUCAUCUGCACCUUCAUAUACCUCCCUCUUGCCUCAUUUCCUUCCUCCUCGGACGUCACUACCUCAUACCCUGAUCAUGAUUGUCCUCGAUUGGACUCGUCCGUGGGCCUUUGUUGAUGAACUGCUCACGUGGCUCACAUGGAUAGAGGCAUGGGUGAAAGGCGAUGAUUCUCGAGAACUGAUAAUCACCAGAGAAGAAACCCGUGAAAGACUACAGUCGCAUAUACAGCAUUACACAGAACCCUCAUCUGAACCAUUACCCGCAAGUUCCACUCUAUCCGGCGCAUUGUUGCCACUGAGUUUCGGAACGUUGACACAUAACAUUGGUGGUGUACCGAUCAUUGUGACAUGUACCAAGGCCGACCUGAUAGAUGAAAACAAUGAUGUGAUUGGUGCUGGUGCGUCUGGUAUGGGUGGUAUGGUCAAGGGAAAGGGCGGAGAAUGGGAGGAGCGAACAGAUACCGUCAUGCAAAUACUGCGAACGAUUUGCUUGAAGUAUGGUGCUGGUCUCUUCUACACUACCCCGCAACCACAGACCUUGCAUGUACUACGCCAAUAUGCACUACAUAUGCUCUUCAUUCCUCCGCCACCAUCACCUACUAUGUCGGGCGAAGUGGCGGCACCAGUACGAAAUCCUUUCCCAUUCCAACACAAGCCAAACACGUUGGACCGUGAUCGCAUCGUUGUCCCAGCUGGCUGGGAUAGCUGGGGUAAAAUCGGUGUAUUGAGAGAAGGCUUCGAUGCGAAAGCUUGGGGAGAAGCUUGGGAGCACGAUCUGGAUAACUCCUCAGACGAAUCAACGGAUGAGCCUGGCGCAAGGAAAUUAUACACAAACCUCGUGCCUGAUCAAGGACCCAAGCCCCCGUCGUUGCCACCUUUCAAUAAUCCUACUCCCGAACAAAUAUUCCUGGCCAAGAACUACGAUGAGAAUGCUCGAAGAGCUGAUCGAGAUCCUAGAGGCGCAUUCAGGAAUCCAACAGAAAACCCUGCAGCGGGUAUUGUGGGUCCGAUGGGCAGUAGUAGUUUCAACCUACCCAACGUGGAGCGAGCUUUAACUGAGAUGGAAGGUGGAGUCAAUGUGGGUGGGUCGGGCUCCCUCAAUGUCAGUGUCAACGGGGAGACGGCUCGCAAAAGCUCAGGUCGUACGUCUGCACGGACCCCAACAGCAUCCCUCGCAGUCCCUCAUCCUGGAUCCGGGUCUGGACGUUCUCCAGUCACUUCUCCAACAUUGGCGUCUUCUCCUAGCUCUGGACAAACACAACACGAAGUGCUCCAGAACUUUUUCCAGAGCUUGUUGAGCUCAAAGGAUCGACCUAGUGGAAGUCCUACUCCCAGGACAAGUUCGUCGGCACCGAAGACGAACGGUACUGCGGCUCCUCAACCGAGUGCGAGUAGCGGCGGGAACGAAGAGGAGAGUUGACUUUGAAUGGCUCGUAUCUAAUACCCUUCGUUUGAGCAGCUUCGAUGCCUCUGACUCUAUGACAUAGAUCCCGUAUAAUUUCAUGUAUGAUUUGGAACAGCUACAGUAUAACGUGGUACAACUUACCGCUACGAAGUCAGGAUGAGUAGUUCUGCAGAAUAAGCGUCUUAACGUUCAAAGCACUUCAUGCAAACUUCAUGAUCAUCAGUUCUAAUAUACAUAUUCCAGGUUUACGACUGCUAUUUUCACAGUUUCCACACAAUUUGGCCUAGAACACUGAGUCAGAAGCUCUUUCGGAGGACGAGCCGUACUUGUUGUACAUAAUCAGGUACUCAUAUCACCAAGUUCCAUCCUUCUGAGAGCGGCUUGCUCAGCUAUCUCUCACCCCAACC